UUGUUGCGCUUACUUCGUAUCUACCGUCUUUCUGGUUGAAUUCGCGUUUCAGCUGUGUCUGCGUUUAACUAGCGUUACUUGGUUGAAUGCUAGUUAGCUCAUGUGUUUGGAAGUAAAUGAGCCUGAACGUUUGCUAGACCUGCCCCUGUUUUGACGAGCAUUUCCUCUUUAUUUCAACCACAUGCUGAGACACUCACACACUAGUUGAGCAGAUAAGCCGCAGACACUUCAUCCUGACACCCUGAGUAAGUCAUAAACCUCCACAUCGCUGCCAGCCUUUUAACAGCUGCUUCACACAGACCGGCGGAGAUUGGGAAAAUCACAAUGUGGAUGGAAGGAGUGGAACAAUUUAAGAUUCCCCUGGCUUAAUACAUGGAUUGUAUGACUAAUGGCUUACUGUAAAUGGUACGAGUCACGGUCUGAGUAGUUUCAUCUCUUUUCAAAAUCAAACACUGAGGGUGUGUCUGGGUCACUGCUGCUGCUACUACUACGGCAUGCAGGAUGGGCCAAACUCGCUCGGAUCUCUCGCACAGCACCGCCACCCCAGGCAGAGCGAAGUGGAAAGCGGGCGAGGCAGCCCAUCGACUCCGUAUCCGCAGAUUUAGAAGCGGAGAGAAGCCACGGAGUGACCAGCUAAACAGGAAUCCGAUGAAAAACAAAGUGCUGUCGUGUCUGGGAAGGAGAAAGCGAGACUCCAGCCAAACUGAAGAGGAUUUAGGUUGCGGAAACGCAGCUGGAGAUCCAGAAACGCGCCGCGGACACAGAGUGGGAAAGUUGCCGAGGGACGAGGUUGUGUCGGCGGUUGGGGAGCACCGAGCAGCCCCGGGUUGUUUUGAGACAGCACCCGGCCUACCGGAUGGUAGUACCGAAGCUGUACAGCACGUCGUGAACCGAGAGGCGACGGCUGGCCCGUCCGAUGCGUCUGGCUUGGAAACGCGGACCGGUGAAGUCAGCGGUGCGGGCUGCGAGGAGCGAGAGGACAAUGCCUCGGAUCCCCCGACGAGGGCCAUGGAAGAUCAGCCGCUGGGGGGAAACAACCAGGAUCGCAUUGUGUCUGAGGUCAGAGUAUUAACUGGUACCAGUCCGAGUUCAGCCCCGCUGCUCACCUCUGACCCGGACACUGAGCGGACUGUGUGCAGCUUGCCCCCGGAUCCACAUUUGGAUGGUGGGCUGUCUGUUACGAAGGAGGCUGAAAUGACAAAAACUGAGUGUAGUACCGUCUCAUGUUCGCCCAAAGCGGCCGGGGACCAAAACAACUGCUGUCCAGUUGAACCCGAGAGCCAGAAGGAGUCUGAUCAGACCCAGCAGAGUCCCACAGGAGGCCAAAGUUUUCCAGGAACUAUACCGAAGCUCAUCAUAACCAGAGACCCCAGUCCGACUCGUCCUCAGGUGACACCGGCCGUGCUGACCGUCCGGCUCAGCACCGGCUCCUGUCUGGAUCCCCAUCCGGACGACGAGUCUCCCUGCUCGGACAGCGGCUGCGGAGGGUCCCCGGCUCUGAUGCGCUCCCCGAGGAAGCUGUCCAACUCUUCCUCCAUCGGCCUGUCCUCCGCCUCGUCCUUCGAGGAGUCCGAGGACGACUUCACCAGCAGCGACAUCGAGUCCAGUCUGUCUCCGGCCCGGUCUCUGUGCAGCCCGGACGAUGGGACAGGGAACAAGUCCUGGCAGAAGCUGAAGACCAUGGUUCACUGGUCCCCUUUUGUCGUGUCCUUUAAGAAGCGUUACCCGUGGGUGCAGCUCGCUGGCCAUGCAGGUAACUUCCAGGCCGGGGAGUAUGGGCGCUUGUUGAAGCGAUACUGUGAGUGUGAGCAGCAGUGCCUACAGAAGCUGAUGAAGGACAUUCUGUGUCCUUAUGUGCCUGGAUAUUAUGGUGUAGUGCAGAGGGACGAGCAGGACUAUAACCUGAUGGAUGACCUGCUGGCUGACUUUGACUCACCCUCCAUCAUGGACUGUAAGAUGGGCAGUAGGACAUACUUAGAAGAGGAGCUGAUAAAAGCCAGAGAGCGUCCACGUUUGCGAAAGGACAUGUACGAGAAGAUGGUUGCUGUGGACCCCGGAGCCCCUACAGAGCAGGAGCGAGCUCAGCAGGGUGUCCUGAAACCACGAUACAUGCAGUGGAGGGAGACGCUCAGCUCCACCGCCACCCUGGGCUUCCGCAUCGAAGGCAUUAAGAAAGCUGAUGGAACUUGCAACACCAAUUUUAAGAAGACGAAGCACAGAGAACAAGUGAUGCAAGCCUUGGAGGACUUUGUCAAUGGCAACACUCAAAUUCUGAAACUCUACCUGCAGCGGUUGGAGGAACUCCGCUCAGUCCUUGAGCAGUCACCAUUCUUUAGGACACACGAGGUCGUGGGCAGUUCUCUUCUGUUUGUGCACGACGCCUCGGGGAAGGCCAGGGUUUGGAUGAUCGACUUUGGGAAGACGGUUCCCCUGCCGGCCCCUCGGACCCUGGAUCACAGGACUCCCUGGGUGGAGGGCAACAGGGAGGACGGCUACCUGUGGGGACUGGACAACCUCAUUGACAUCUUCAGCAGUAUGCUCCCGCAGACCUCUUGAGAGGGAGACUCAGAAAACUGCAAGAAAAGAUUGGUGGAUGUUCAGAUGGUGCAAGAAAAGGAGAGAAAAUCACAAAAACUAAGACAGAUGAGAAGAGAGCCACCAGUUUUGAUUACUUUUUUUUAAGACCCACUGCAUAAUCCAAGUCCCACUUGUACCUGUGUAAGAAAAGGAGGCAAAACAAAUGCAGGAUUUCUGUUGCAAAGUGGAAUAUGCCAAAGGCUGACUAUGUGCAUUAUGUGGUACUUGGACGCAGGUGAUACGAGCUGAAGCGAAAGGUAGAAGAAAGAAGAAGAGGGAGAAUUUAAUGCACAGUUGAAUUUUUGUCUCAUGAACUUCAGCUUAUUUCCGGAGAGUAUGGACCUCUGGCUGUCACUUUUUCCUGCUCAUCUCCCUCCUCAACGGCUCCCUCUGUUGGUUGGACGUGCUCAUAGCGGUCGUCUCUCAACCAUGAACUUGAUCCGGACGAAGAUCUUUGUACACAAUCUCCAUGGAGCAUUGAGAACUUUAUUUUUGUCAUGGACCACUUUUGAUGUUUGGUAACACUAAAACACUGGUCAAACCACGUGUUCAAUAACUCAGUGUGUAAAUACAGUUUAAUUUAAUUUUUUUUCUUGGCCUUGGUAUAACCUUCUUAACCUUGUUUGUACAAUUUCUGUGCCUGGCAUUUUAAAGACAGAGCUGUUUGAUCAUUCCAAUGCAGUGGACUCCUGCUAUUUUCCUUCCAAAGGGUUCACCCAAGUAUAAACUGAUUUACAUCUAAUCCCAAAGUGAAACUUCUGAUUUUGAUUUUUGUAUGAUAAUGCAGUGAAAUGUCUUUUAUUUUUGUGUGUACAGUAAGCAGCUUGGCAGCCAUGUUUGUCUGGAAUUUGUUGCACUAUGGAUCCUCAUGAAGCCAUUGAACAAAACAAGCGGUGCCUCUGUGUGUCUUAAGAUGGAAAGCAGCAGUGGUGUACUGGGUUUACAGCUCAACCCGAAUUUAAUUUGGUGUUGCUACUCGAUUCUCUCUGAUCAGUGUCGCAUUAGGGAGUUUUACAGUAAAACAGCCGAGUGAAGGGUGAAACUGGAAGUACCUAAUUUGCAUCAACUUGCACGUGAUCCUAAAACUGGAAAAAUCCAAACGUGACUUAUAAUUGAAAGGAUGAUGUGUGUUUAAAUACAAGCAAAUGACGUUAAAACAUGAGGACAUUGCUGUAAACCUCACUUAGCUACACUAAGCAGGAAGUUUGUGAGUUUGAAUUUUUGUAUGCAACACUGAGAGUUUACAAAGUAUCGACAUUGUUAGAUAUUAGGGCAGUGCUUGUGAGCAUGUCUGUCAUUCCUUCACUGGAAUGCAGCAGGUCUGUGAACAUGACAGUGUUCAGUCUUCCAGAUGUCCUUUUGACGGUGUCAAGCAGCACUGUUUGGAUACGUAUGUGUGCGUAGGCAGUUCAUUCAGCGCACAAAUUUCCUUCAUGAGUUCUAAGUGACAUCAUGAAACUGGAAUUUAAAGUCAGGAAUUCAGUUUUUUCAUCUCUAAAAAAACAACGUUGGGAGAGAGGAAUAAUAUAGUGUUUACAAAGUGUUCUAAUUCUUUGCCCACAAAUGCUCUAGAUUUGUAGAAAGGCAAACUAUCAGGUUUUCAAACUGGGUGCUGCUUUAUGAGCAAGAAAACUGGAUUCAGAACCACAGUUUGUAUUUUAAAGGCAGCAUGUUUUAAAGUUGCAAGACACACACAGACUGGUGGAAAAAUGCUUAUAAAUCUCUGCUUUGUCCAUUUGGUCAUGGAUUGCAAUAAACUGAAAAUAAGAGUUU